AUGUUUUGAUUUGCUUGUUGGAGGCAGUGAUCGUCAGAGUACGCUGUCCAUGUACCAAGCUGAAGUGGUAGAAUCAUGUUUAGUUUUGUUCGUCUUCUGUUUACCCAUCUUUUUCUUGGAGUCUUGUUGUUGGAAUUUAAGACACAUGGACAAGUUACUUCUGUAACUACGGAUGAAUUCGGUCUGGUAACGACGCAACAACCGGAAGGAGGCUUUAGAUGCAGCGGAAGCGAUGUUAGCUAUGACCGGGAUGAUAUUUGUGACGGAACAGCCAUUUGUCCUCGAGAGGAUGACGAAUUUCUGUGCAGGUCUACAGACUUCAACACAUGUCAGACACCCAAACGGAUGCGCUGCUUCAACACAUCGGUUACAUGUGUGCAGUUGACAUCCAUAUGUGACGGAAAACCAGACUGUGCUGAUCAAAGCGACGAGAUAUAUUGCGAGGCAGCAACUUGUGGGAGUACAUGCUUGUUUUGUUCAAAUGUUGGUGCGUCAUGUGACUUGAACGGACCAAUCAACAACCUUGGAUCUUUGACGCUACCGUCAACAAUACGAUACUUGAAACUCACAAACUUAUCCGACCUACAGUAUGGAUUGCCAAUCACUCAAGCCGAGUAUCCUCUUUUGACAAGACUAAUUUUAUCCGGGAAUGGUAUAUCUGCCAUCGAGCAAGGUGUGUUCGAAAACAUGACAUCUUUACGAACUUUAGACCUGUCAAGGAAUAAGAUAACCACUUUAGCUAGAGGAUCUCUCCAAGGCAUGACUAGACUUCAGAACUUAUUUCUCCAUAAGAAUGAGAUCGGUGUGGUGCACAUGGAUUAUUUUAGCAACUUGAAAAAUCUUGUUUGGUUAGACCUCGGUCAUAAUAAGUUAAAAUCAAUAAGUUCGGGAACAUUCCAGGAUCUGGGAAACAUAACGGACCUGAUACUUCGGUAUAACUCUAUCAGCAUGAUUGAGACUGGGGCAUUCAGUGGACUCGACAAAAUCAUCAGCAUAUCUUUUACGUACAAUAAGCUAACCGAACUCCGUAAAGGAAUGCUCGAUGGACUUUCGAAUGUGAGAUGGAUAUCAUUCCGACGUAACCCAUUGUCGUAUAUUGAGCCUGGCACUUUUGACCACACAACUAAAAUCGCAAACUUAGUGUUGGAGGAGGUUCAGCUUAACCAUCUUGAACCAGACAUGUUCAGGGGAAUCGAGAAUAUCCAAUAUCUCUCGACGGAUGACUACCGUCUCUGCUGUCUCUUUGACAGUGCCGAUCAAUGCUCACAAGCUGCGAUGUCAUCGCUAGACUCCUGCACUAGACUCAUGCCUAACAACGUCCUGCGAAUCGCCAUGUGGCUGCUUGGGUUCGGUGCCCUCUUCGGCAACACCAUGGUUAUUUUCAUCCGAUGCCGCAAGAAGCGAUCGAACACGAGAAAUCAUGUGCAGGUUUUCUUCAUCUCGAACUUAGCCAUCGCUGAUUGGUUCAUGGGUAUUUUCAUGAUCAUUAUAGCAUCAGCCGAUACCUAUUACGGGAAAUACUACUUCCUCAAAGCGCCGCACUGGAGAAGUUCGGGUCUCUGCAGGUUUGCAGGUGUCCUUGCCAUCCUGUCAAGUGAGAGCUCUGUGUUCUUUUUGACGAUCAUCACCGUCGAUCGAUUCCUGAGUGUCGUGUUCCCGUUCAGCAGAUUCAAAUUCCACUCCGAGUCGGCGCGCCUUUGUGUCGGCAUCACAUGGGUCAUCACAAUCAUCCUCAGCCUGGGGCCCGUGGUGAUUGGCUCAUUCGUGACUGGGUUCUAUUGGUUAUCCGACGUCUGCAUCGGUCUGCCGCUGAGCGUAGAAUCAACAGGGACGAGAACUCUAGUCUUCGAUCGCAGCUCGGGCAUCUCUAUCUUUGAGUCCAGCAAUGACGGAAGCCUCCAGCCAUCUUGGAUUUAUUCCAUAGUACUUUUCUUGGGUAUCAACCUCAACUGCUUCUUAUUCAUCCUCAUCUGUUACAUCAUCAUCUUCGUCCAGGUGAGGAGGUCGGCAAAAAACAUCGGGAAGGACCGCAACAGGGGAUCACCGCACGACCAGGAGGUGAGGAUGGCCUUCAAGAUGGCCGUCAUCGUCGGCACCGAUUUCUUGUGCUGGAUGCCAGUCAUCAUCAUGGGGAUCCUCUCCCAGGCCAGGCUAGUCGAGCUCCCCGUCUCUCUCUACGCCUGGUCGGCCGUCUUCAUCUUGCCCAUCAACUCUACCUUGAAUCCUUAUCUCUACACGUUCACGGAGUUCAUCGGUCAGAAGAAGAAGAGGGCUAAUGCGAGUCAGAAGUCAAUGAAGACAAUCAGUACAGUGGUUGCAAGUAGAAGGAGCAAACACAACACCAAAUUAUAGAACUUUUUUCUCAUGCCUCUGGUUGCUCUCACCAUUGGUCUCUCAAUUAUGAUCUUUAGGUUUUACCAUGAUUUGUACGUCCCUUGAGGAACUAGUGGAAUGAACGGCCUGCCAUAGUUAAGUCCAACUUAAAGUCGAUCUUAGUCUUUGUGAAAUACUCCCCAUGCCAGGACAGGUGUACUGUGGUUUAGUGGAUAUGUCGUCGGACUGACGAUCACAGGAUUCGCGGUUCAAGUCCCACCAAGGCAACUAAUGUCCUUUGACAUUACAUUAAUAUACAUUUGCCACUCAUCACCCAGGUGUUAAAUGGCUACAGGCAGGGGGGAAUUCCUUGAAUAACGUAAGCACUGAUAGGUUACUUGAGUAAGUAGUCAAUAAUUUCAGUUGAUAUUAGACCACUGAGACCACUUUGUCAGUAAAAGGAUAAGGUGUAUAACCUGAUGCACUCUCUCAGUAGAGCAAUGGAGUGGAAAUCCACUCUUUAAGAAAUGAUAAUUGGGGAUCACUUUGUUUUUAGUUGAAAAAGUCAAUAAGCCUAUUUUGUAAUGUAACCAAAUGUAUGCAUAUACCUUUAUGAGGCGCAUUGAUACGAAUUGAAUCAAGGCACUUGUUUAUAAAUUUGGUUACAUUACAAAAAUGGCCUAUUCAUAUUAUUUUGGAAUCCAUUCCAAAUUACUGGUUCGAAUAACAUGUAUGAGGGUAGA